UCCUAACCUAAUCCAUUCCCAAUUGCAACUUGGUUCCAAAUCGCGACGGUGACGACCAAAUCGAGAGGAACGAAGCCCGGCGGUCGUGAAGGAACUGCGAUUGCGAGUGUGAGAAGACGGUUUCUGGGUAAGAAGGUCAUCGGUGGUGAGAAGGUGGUCCGAAGGCAAAAUCGAGAGGAAGGAAAUGGCGACCGACAAAAAAGGUGUGUCGAAGAAGACCCCUCGAAGGCCAAAGAAGAAAACUCCGACAAAAGAGACGGUGGUCCCAGAGACGGUGGUCCCAGAGAAGAUGGUCCCAGAGAAAACUCCGUUUUCAAAAUUGGACUUUUGGCUCAAUGGAGAUUUGCCCGCAAACUAUGUUUCCAGGCCUACUGCUCCCCAUAAGAUAACCAUGAGUGUGUAUCAUGGGGGUGAAUUGACAUUUGACCCAACUAUGCCCUAUCCAAGUGGGCUUUGCGAAGUCUGGCAUCCGUAUGAUGUGGAUCUCAUUUCAUCCAUUGAAUUGGGUAAGAUUGUAAAAUAUCUGGGAUAUGCCAGGUUCAAAUGUUUGUGGUAUAGGCAUGUUCAAAGUGAUGGCUCUGUCAGCUUUAGUCCACUUUCCAAUGAUGAAGAGGUUAGACAAUUCAUUGAAGAUGUUAAAGAUAUAGCUGAAGUUGAUCUAUAUGUUGAACACAUAGUGGAAGAGGCAGAUAUUGUUCCUCUAAUUGCUUACAAGAGUGCUGAAGAUACUCCUGAUGUGUUGCAAGUUGAUUCUGAUAGUGAUGAUGAGGUAUUGCAAGACAAAGAAACUGAGGCUGUUCAAGUGAAGGAAGCUGAGUCUCAGGCAGUACAAGACAAGCUUCCUGAGGUUGUUCAAGACUUUGAUGCUGAGGUAAUUCAAGAGAAGGAGACUGAGACAGUCAAAGAGGCUGAGUUAGUGCAAGACAAGGAGGCUGAGGUUCUUCAAUCUGAAAGGGGAAUAUGUGCCGAGGUAGUGCAAGACAAAGAGGCUGAGAUUAUUCAAGACAAGGAGGCCGAGGUUGAUGUUGUGGAAAAAGACAAGGGGGUAGAUAAGGGAAAAAGAAAGUCCAGUCAGGUUGUUCUCAGUGAUGAAGAUGAUAAUUCUGAUGCUGAAUUUGAUCCAGAUGAUGAAGACACACCCUCUGAUUUUUCAAUGGAUGACAGUGAUUAUGAAGAAGAUUGGGAUUGGCUCUGCGUGCUUCCUAAAGAGUCUCUGUUGAAUAUACCUGAGGCCACUCCAGAUCCAACUUUUGCAGAAGAUUCUACUGAGCCAUAUACACAAGCUGUGAAUGAGUCAAGUAACCAGGAGCCCAGUACAUAUGAGGACUUUCAAGAUGAGGAUGGUGAUUCUGAGGACUUAGAAAGUCCAUCAGAAAGUGAUGAUGAAGGAAAAGGUUCAAGGAAAUAUCCUAAGUUCAAGCCUACUGCAGAUGAGGAGUUUGUCCACCUUGAGUUAGGUAUGACUUUCAACAACAAAGAUCAGUUUACAGAUGCUGUCAAGGAUUUUGCAAUUCAAACGAAGAAGAAUCUGACAAUAACAAAAAAUGAUAAAAAGAGGGUGGUGGUUAAAUGUGUUGAUGAGUGUCCAUUCUACAUGAGAGCAAGCAAGACUCCCUCAAGGCCUACAUGGCAAAUUGUAAGCUUCUGUAACAACCAUAAUUGCUGCAGGCUAGCCACUAACAGGCAGGCAACGACAUUUUGGCUUGCUAAGAAAUUUAUGCAAAUUCUGAGACACACACCAGAUCUGAAAGUGAGGGGCUUGAUAGAGGAGGCAAGGCUCAGGUGGGGCAUUGUGAUAGGGAGGUUCAAGGCUUACAGGGCAAAGGUGAAAAGUCUGGAGAUGUUGCAUGGUGCAAGUAUGGAGCAAUACAGUCAUCUGAGGCAGUAUGCUGCUGAAUUGCUGAGAAGCAAUCCUGGGUCCACAGUCGUUAUAAAAUCAGCAGUGGGAGUACAUGGGCCAGUCUUUGAGAGGAUCUAUGUCUGCUUUGAAGCUACUAAGACUGCAUUUGCCAAGCAUUGUAGACCCUUAAUUGGGUUGGAUGGCUGCUUCCUUAAGGGACUGUAUGGUGGUCAACUUCUCACAGCUGUAGGCAAAGAUGGAAACAACCAAAUGUUUCCAAUAGCAUUUGCAGUAGUGGAAGCUGAAACUAAGGAUUCCUGGACUUGGUUCUUGAACAUUCUUCUACAUGAUCUGAAUAGUGUUAAACCUCAAAAUUGGGCAUUCAUCUCUGACCAGCAAAAAGGAUUGGUGCCUGCUAUUGCUGAACUGGGUCCAGAUACUGAACACAGAUUGUGUGUCAGACACUUAUACAGUAAUUUCAGGAAGAGGUUCCCAGGAGAAGAGUUGAAGAAUGCUUUAUGGGCUGCUGCAAGGGCUAGCACAGAACCACAAUGGAAAAAUGCUAUGGACAACAUGAAAGAAUUGAAUCAAGAUGCUUGGCUGGAAAUGAUGCAUGUACCUCCUAAGAUGUGGACAAGAUCAGCUUAUAGCACACACACACACUGUGAUCUCCAGGUUAACAACAUGUGUGAGGCAUUUAAUAGGACCAUCCUGGAGCAUAGAGACAAGCCUAUUAUUACUCUGCUUGAGGGGCUCAAAUUUUACCUCACCAAUCGCAUUGUGAAGCAGAAUGAUCUAAUGCUUAGGUGGAGAAAUAGUCAGUUGUGUCCACUGAUUCAGAAAAAGCUUGAUGCAAUAAAGGACUAUUCAGAAGGCUGGAGACCUAACUGGAAUGGUGACACUGUACAUGGACUAUUUGAAGUUGAGAGGGACAAGGAUAAGUAUGCUGUCAAUGUUGCUCUCAGGUCAUGCGCUUGUAGGAGAUGGGACCUGACUUGGAUUCCCUGUGUGCAUGCUCUGGCUUAUAUGUGGUAUAAUCACCAUGUUCCAGAGAAUUAUGUGGACAUGGCAUACAGGUUAAGAACUAUCAAUUUUGUCUUAAUUAAUACUGCAUUAUGUUGA